ACUGCGCACUGUGCGCAUGCGCAGUGGGGCCGUAAUGGAGGUGGAGCGGGGCUUGCUCGUUGGCAUCGCGGGGCGGGCUGCGCCCGGGCUGGGCCCGGGGAUGGCGGCGGAGGAGCCGGCGGGGCUCGGUCCGGCGGGACUCGGUCCGGCGGUGGAGAGCGAGUCGGAUGUCUUUGAAAUCAUGCUCCCGAUAACAAUCUUAGUGCUGAGCGAUGAGGAUUGUCUCUAUAAUGAGGCUGAGGAGCAAGCAGUGACUGUUCCUGAGCUGAAGCAGGAGGCAGGCUUCAGUACCAACGUUCUCCUAAAAAGUGAUCCAGCGCCUUCAGGUGCCAGUAGUGGUUUAAGCAUUUUGGAAGGAAAAGAGAUUGCUGCAAAUAAGGAUAAUUGUAUGGAAUACCCUGAAGAAAAAUGGAUUGAUGAGAGUUUGUGUAAUGAGUUGACGUUAUCCCGAAGUGAUCAGUGUGACACAAGCAAAGAUAAGUGCAAUCGGAAUGUAUUGCCGACAUCACCUCGCAAAGCAGACCUUAAUGAGAUAAAUGAAACCAGUGAUCGGAAAGAAGGUGUUGAUAAUGAUGCUUGUCAGAAGAUUCCUCUCUUUUUGGCAGCUGACAGUGAGGGUGGAGAUGUGACUGUAAACACCUGUGAACAGUUGGCAUUAGCAGCAGUGUGCAGAGAUGAAGAAGAACGUGCUGAUGUUGCAAAUGUUCUUUCUGCUGGAACCCAAGAGAAACAACUGGAAAUCCUCACGGAGAUGGAGGCAACUGUUAAAGUAGAAGAUACUGAUUCUUCAUUCAAUGGAAGUAAUGAAGCUAACGACAAAGCAAGUAAGAGAAGUAAAUUUGAAGCCCCGAGUUCAGUUUUGGAACAUAUCUUGAAAGAAGAACCGGAACCUACCCAGAGUCAUCCUGCUCUGUUUGCUAAUAGAUAUUCCCCUACUUCAGAAGAAUUGGUGAAAGAUUUAGGGGACUUGGAGAUGAAUGCCUCUAUUUCUGAUGAAUCAAAUGCGACCGAAGAGCAUGUUUAUAAGUCAUUAACACCAUUUUCUAAAAAAAGACAUCAGCAACAAUAUAUUGUUUCUCCUCAUGAAAACCCAAAUGAAAUACAGGGCCAGCAAGAAGGUUUAGCAUGGCCCAGUAUGAACAUCAAACCUUUUUCUAAAGCAUCUUGUUCUAUAAAUAAGCAUGAAAAAAUAAAUUUUAAAUGCAGGUUUUGUAGUUCUGUAUAUACUUGUGCUGCACUUCUGAAGAGACACAUUCAUUCAGCUCAUAAAGAUAAAAAAAUUCAUAAAUGCUGCUUUUGUAAAAGGACCUUUUUCUUUUCUGUCAACCUGAAGAACCACAUUAAGUUUCAUAAGAAAAUGAAUAGGUUGCAAAAGGCAAGAAAAAAUAGAAUGAAUGCUAGAAAAGUUAGACAAAGAAGAACUGAAGAACGAAAAUCAGAGACCAAGAAAAAAGAAAGCAAAUAUGAGAAGUUUUUCAUCAAAAUUGAAAGGGACUUUACGUCUCUGGGCGUUCCAGUUAUUUUUUCCUGCAGACUUUGUCUUUUUGGUUCAUCAAAUCCCAGGAUUUUUAUUCAUCACAUGAAGGGGCAUCAAGAGAGACCACCUUACCAGUGUCCCCAGUGCGAUUACACCUGCAUUAGCUUAUCCUACAUGUUAAAUCACAUGUACUGGCACGCUGGCUAUGAGCUGUACAAAUGCAGGUUCUGUACCUUUUUUUCAUUAUAUUUUGCAAGCAUGGUGAGGCACAGCUAUAUACAUACAGGGGCUAAACCGUACUCCUGCGAGUUCUGCCAGUCAGCAUUCACAAGCACCAGCGGGUUAAAGAGGCACAGAAGAUUGCACGCAGGCGAAGGAACAUGCCAAGGGCCACAGCUCGGCUUUGUACGUGAAAGAAAGAGAAGUCGAAGACCUUCAAAGAGUUACACGUGUGAUGAGUGUAACAUUGUGUUUUACACGAGAAGACAUCUCAGCUUUCAUAAGAAAUUUCACAAACAGUUUAAGGUGACCGAUAGUGGUUAUACGAAUCAGAGCAAUGAAUAUAAAAGCGAAGUGUUUGAAUUUGACAGCGAUUCCCAGGACUGUGCUUCUGAGAAAGAUAAUAGUCUCACUGGGGGAAUGUGUAAAAUGCUGGCUUCAGAAGUAGACUUUGAGCAGGCAGAUGAUGUGCAGGAGGAUAAGAAAAUGUACUCUGGAAACAUAUUUCCUGAAAGCAGCUAUGGAAGCAACACUUUACCUGUUUUUGGGAGUAGAUCAGAAGUUCUGGAUUCAUACAAAAAGGACACUGUAGUGUGCAAAGAAGACCCUCUGUUCAACCCUGAUUACUCUCAGUGGCAAUUCAAAGAUGAUGAUUGGCAACCUGAAGAUGGUGAAGAUGCUGCAUAUUAUACAUCUGAGGAUAUGUGGCCUUCCAGGUUGUCUACGUUUAAAACGUACCAGUGCCAAUUCUGUGAUUAUGCUACUGCUGUUCAUAGCAACUUUAAGCUGCACCUCAAAAUGCACGCAGAUAGAGGACCGUUUGUGUGCCAAGAAUGCAAUAAGACAUUUAAAACUUCAAACCAUUUGCAGAGACACAGGCUUCUCCAUGUAGAGAAUCAGUAUGAAUUUGGCCGUUGCCUCUACGUGGAUAGCCGUUUAGAGGAGAAUCUUGGAUUGCAUCCUGAAAUGCACAUAGGUCUGUGUCCAGAAAGAAGUUUUGGUUCCUUGGAGGGUUCAAGCAGUGUCCAUUACAUGCUUGGUUCAGAAGUCUAUGGAGGGCAGACAGCUAUCCAGAGGGAUGACGGAAAUGAUUUGCUGGCACAGAGUGAGCCCCGAUUCUAUCAGUGUGCAGAGUGUGACUAUGCCACUUACAUUUUAAGCAACCUUAAACUACACGUAAGGACUCACACAGGUGAGAAACCUUACAGCUGCAGCAUUUGCCAAAAGGAGUUCCGCACCUCCAGUCACCUGAAGCGACACACAGUGAUCCAUUUUAAUAUGGAGCACCUCAAGUGCAGGAAGUGUGACUACUCCACAGACAAAUGGCUGUCCUUGAAACGGCACCUGGCUUUGCACUCGGUUAGUGAAAGCUCCUCUGCUGUGUGUCUCUACGAGCAAAAACCUCUCCCUGUCAAAACAUACACGUGUGAAGAGUGUGGCUAUACCACGGUCCACAACAGCAACUUGAAGCAGCACUUAAGAAUUCAUACAGGGGAGAAGCCGUUCGAGUGCAUGCAGUGUGGCGCUGCUUUCCGCACGUCGAGCCACCUGAAGCGCCACGUGCUGACUCACUUGAAGCUGUACUGCAGAAAGUGUGACUUUUCUACGGUAGAUAAAAGAGCUUUCCAAAAGCAUGCCAAGGUGCACAAAAAAAAGUACAAGCGUAGCGUUACAGCUCUGUAAUGUGGUGCUGUCUGACAAAAAGCUUCUCAAAGAACAUAACCAACAACGUGACCUUGGUAGAUAAGCUUGAGAUUUGCAAGCUGGCACUCAGGUCUUGAGAACUGUACAUGUCUCAGAAUUGUUCAUUGUUGUACAUUCCUCUGCUGUACUUGAAAUGCUGGCUGAUAACGGGUGCGUGCAGUGUUUUGGUCAAGAGAGGGAAACUCGGGAUGCUUCUUUGCUCUAGGUUCUGCUAGGAGCUUUAGUUUCUAGUGUAGGUUGUGCUGAAGAAGAUCUUGGAGGUGCCUCUUCAUUCCUGGGUAACCUUUAUAUUCCAAGAGGUCAAAGUUAUGGUUUGGCCUAUAUUCGUCAGUGUAAACAGUUACUUUGCUGCAUUUAUUUUCUUUAAAAAACAAAACAACCUGUUUAACUGAAAGAAUGUUUAAAGGGAGGGAUGGAAGUGCACGUUAUGCUGUAUAGUAAUAAUUUUUCAGUUAUAAAUCGUCAGUAGGUUUGGAGGCUUACUCCCAUCUGCUCUGAGUUUUAUUCCCUGCUACCGGAUUCUCCUGUAACACCUGCAAGAGAACAAAUCAGUGUCUCAAAAAAUUACAGGUACAUGAAUUUAAUCUCACUACAGGUUACAGGGAUAGGAAGAUGUUUUCUGUACAUGUGUGUAUAUGUAAAAUAUGAAGUAGGCAGCUCAUUGAGUCUGCAGUUGCUCCGGGUAAUUCUCUGAGUAGUCUCACAGAAUUAGUAAUACCCGGAAUGAGAUAUUUUAUGAUACUGAGAAUCCUUAAGUUAAUCUUCACAAGCUUUAUGUAGAUGGCUAAUAUUAGUUCAGUAUAAACUGCCUUUGCUUUUCUCAGGCUGGUAGUCAGCUGUGUUCUGUUUCUUAGAAUAGAUAACAUUCUUUUCAAAGAACCUUUCUGGUGACAUAUUGCAAAAAAUACUAUUUACGUUGCAAACCUUAGCACCUAGCUUGAACUGUAAAACUUAUUUGUUAAAGAGAUUUAUUGUAUAUCUGUAAUACCACAUGUAAGAACUGCUCAUGCCAAGCGGCACUUUUAUAUGUUAUGGUGAAGGCUGAGCUGGAUGUUUCUUCCACUCUGUGUUCAAAUCUAGGCAAAUGCUUGUCCUAUGGAAUUGUAUGGUGAUAGAAACUUUUGCGCAGACAGCACUGACUGUACAUUCAGUGGGAUUUAUAAAAGUGCUGUUACCCUCUUGUGUAAGGAAAGAAAAUGAAUUGCAUAUUGGGAAUUAUUGCAUAAUUCUUAAAAUUCAUAAUUCUUGAUUAAUUGGGAUAAUACUUAUUUUCCCUAAUGCUGCAGCUCAGACCACAGAACAGCAGAGUAAGCUUUCAGUUUAAUUUACACGAUGUAAACAUGAAAUUGCCACUGCUAUUUUAUUUCGCUCAAGUUUAUGAUUUUCUUUAUAAAUACAGAUAAUAUAUUUAAGAAGCUUUCUGGUGACAGGAAAACAGUUUUUCAGGAGUGGAUGGAAGCUCAUGAAUUGAUGCAUGUAUUUAAGGCCAGACCAACAAAGGUAUUUUUUAAGUGAUCUAGUUCUCGAGUUUCAGUAGUCAGACAAGUCAGUAUCUGUGUCUGUGAACCCCAGCGGUUGCAGAUGUUUUUACUGUAAGCUGGGAAGUCACUAUUUGGAAACGAGAAGGAUUCAGGUUUUAAAAUGAUUGAGCUAUCCAGCUGAUGCAUUUGUGAGAAAGAAAAGCACUAUCCUAAUAUGAAUGUUUCUGGGAAAUAUUAAUGGUAUCAUGCAGGCAUGGAAGAACUUUUACCUGGCUUACUGUAUGGUUCUGAUCACUUGAAAAAUUCAAAAGAACACGUGCAAAGAAGAAACAAAAAUGGUAAAGAGAAUUGCAGCCCAUACAUUAUAUGAGAUAGGGAAGCUGAAUGUGAAGAAUAGUUACGAAAAACUAUGUUGUACAACAGAGAAGGAGGAGACCGAUUUAAGGGUGAUAAAUUUGCUAUAGAAAUUUUUCUAAAAAGGGCUCGCUAACAGUAGAAGUUUCUUUUAGUUGCAAGUAAGGAGUAGAAGACAUUUUCAGAUGGAACUUGAGUUUGUAGAAAAUAAAUAUUCCAGGUGAUUGCCUCUAAUAAAAGAUUCAGUAAAGUAUUUCAUGACUCCUGA